AUGAUUACCUUAAAACAUUUGCAUCUAUAUAAAUAUUAUUGUUUUUAUCGUUAUGACAGUUUUGAUAAGAGAUCCAAAAAACCUGUAGCAAUCAAAAUAAUUGAUCUUGAAGAUGCUGAAGAUGAAAUUGAAGAUAUUCAACAAGAAAUAAAAAUUCUUUCACAAUUGGAUUCACAAUAUUAUGGUUCAUUUCUCAAAGGAACUCAUUUAUGGAUUAUUAUGGAAUACUGUUCUGGAGGAUCUUGUUCCGAUUUACCAGGUGCUUUAAGAGAAGAAUAUGUAGCAAUCAUAUUACGGGAAUUAUUAAAAGGAUUGGACUAUCUUCAUUCAGAACACAAACUUCACAGAGAUAUAAAAGCGGCAAAUGUUCUUUUAAGUUCUACUGGAGAUGUUAAGUUAGCAGAUUUUGGGGUUUCUGGACAAAUCACAGCAACUUUAACAAAGAAGAAUACUUUCGUUGGAACACCGUAUUGGAUGGCACCCGAAGUCAUUCAACAAUCAGGGUAUGAUUUUAAGGCCGAUAUCUGGUCUUUGGGAAUAACUGCAAUCGAACUUGCUAAAGGCGAACCUCCUUAUGCGGAUCUUCAUCCAAUGAAAGUUCUUUUUCUUAUUCCUAAAGAUUCACCACCUUCUUUAGAGGAUGGCAUAUUUUCUAAACCAUUUAAAGAAUUUGUCGCGCUAUGCUUGGACAAAGACCCAAACAACCGGCCAUCUCCAAAAGAACUACUUAAACAUAAAUUUAUUAAGAGUGCAAAGAGGGCUACUUAUUUGACGGAAUUGAUUGAGCGUUACCAUAAAUGGUUGGCGGACGGUGGAGAUCAGAACGAUUCAGAUGAAUCAGUUUAUUUUGAGAACGGUAACAAGGAUGCGGAGGAUACUGAUUGGGAGUUUCCAAAUUCAGGUUCUUCUACAUCAUCGGAUGAUGAAACCUACUCUGGGGAUAAUGCCACAAUUGGACCAGCCAAAGGAAAACAGCUUGCAUUGAUGUUAAAUCAGGUAUCGAAAUCUAAUAACUCUGGUUAUGACACCAUAAAAUAUGUCAAUAUGGCAAAUGUGGAAGAUUAUGGGGAUACUGACCAAAACCAUGAUGAAAUUUCUCCUGUAACUGGUCCUGCGGUUUUUAAUGAGGUCAUUGUACCUUCUAUAGACAAUUUGCGCCAAAAUGCACCAUCCAAAAAAGCCCAAUCCACGUUGGAUACCUUGAAAAAAGCCUUUGAGGAUGCAGAAAGAGAAGAUCCUGGUAUAUCUGAAAAAAUCAUGCAUGCUGUUUUCAAAAAAUUUGAUGAGAUGACACCUUGA